AUGUUAUUGCCAAAGGGUGGCGUUAACUGGAAGUCGGCAAAAGCCCGGCUACCACCAUGGAGGGCUGUGCUUAUUCUUCUUACACGGACUCGAUUCUUGGUCUCCGUGGCCGUGACAGGCUUGGUGAUCCUGCUGUGGCGUGGCGUAAGCAAGUCCGCGUCGGAGAUGCAAAAUUUCUACUGCUAUGGCUCAUCUAAAUCGCCAAUGGAGAUGUCCAUCAACGAGAUGGUCGAGUGGAAUGCUCACUCCCAGACCCCCGUUCUCUUCAACCACCACGAACCUUACGAAGUCAACAGUACUACUAUUUCUAAUGUUGACUUGAAUCCAAUCAAGUCCUCUACCCAAGCCAUUGCCAACCGCGAGCGAGUUUUGAUUCUGACUCCUCUGCGCGACGCCGCCCCCUACCUCGAGAAAUAUUUCGAACUCCUAUAUAAGUUGACCUACCCCCACGAACUGAUCGACCUGGCCUUCCUGGUCGGUGACACCAAGGACGAUACCUUGGCGAACCUUGCUUCGGAACUCGAUCGCAUCCAGAACCAGGUCGAUGAGAAAAUUCAUUUCCGCAGUGCGACUGUCAUCCAGAAGGACUUUGGAGCUGAUGUCGAAAUGAGUGUCGAAGAGCGGCACGGUUUUGCAGCUCAGGGACCUCGACGCAAGGCGAUUGGGCGUGCUCGCAACUACCUGCUCUAUUCCGCUCUGAAGCCCGACCACUCUUGGGUCUACUGGCGCGAUGUUGAUAUUACAGAUUGCCCCGAGCGAAUUCUGGAAGACUUCAUGGCUCAUGAUAAAGAUAUUCUAGUGCCUAACAUUUGGUUCCAUCGCUACCGUGAUGGUCGUGACAUCGAGGGUCGCUUUGACUAUAAUUCCUGGAUCGAAUCCGACAAGGGUCGUCGUUUGCGACAAACUUUGGACCCUGAUACUGUCUUGGCUGAAGGUUACAAGGAGUACGACACUGGUCGGCAAUACUUGGUUAGCAUGGGUGACUGGAGGAAGAACAAGGACGAUGAAGUCGAGUUGGAUGGCAUUGGUGGUGUUAACAUCCUUGUUAAGGCGGACGUUCACCGCUCAGGUAUAAACUUCCCCGCAUACGCGUUUGAAAACCAAGCCGAAACCGAGGGUUUCGCUCGCAUGGCCAAGCGUGCCGGCUACCAAGUAGUGGGCCUGCCCAACUACGUGGUCUGGCAUAUUGACACAGACGAGAAGCCGGGCAACCUCGGAAAUCGCAAGGCAUUCUAA